AAUAUCGACAAAGAUUUUCGCACAUCUGUAAUGGAACCGCAGCUCAUUCUUGCAUUAUGUCAGCGUCUGUCGUGUUACCAGUGUGUGACUGGAUCAGUGGCAGUGAAUGAGCAGCUCGCUGUGUAGCUGAUAACACGAGCAGGACAGAAGGUCGGAGUCGUUUAUCCCUGAUGCAUCUGAGGUUUUGCAUGAACAAAACAAGGAAGUUAUAUCUGAGGAACACAUCUGGAAAGGAUUUACAAGAUUGAUUCCCUGCAUCAAAAUGUGCGUCUGAAACCGGCCCAACACUGGAAGAAAAGUGAAUUUAACAGAUAUCAAAUCAAAAACGGGUCAUCUGAUGUCCAGUCCAGAGGACAGAAACCAGAACCAUGGUUAUUUUACAGCAGGGUGACUACGUCUGGUUGGACCUGAAGACCGGUCGAGAGUUUGAAGUUCCCAUCGGCGCCGUGGUCAAACUGUGCGACUCCGGACAGAUCCAGGUGUUGGACGAUGAAGGAAACGAACACUGGAUCUCGCCACAGAACGCCACCAACAUCAAGCCGAUGCACCCCACCUCCAUCCACGGAGUGGAGGACAUGAUCCGGCUGGGAGAUCUGAACGAGGCCGGGAUUCUCCGCAACCUGCUCAUCAGAUACAGAGAGAAGCUCAUAUAUACAAACUGUGGUGGGAGGACGUACACCGGCUCCAUCCUGGUGGCCGUCAACCCGUACCAGCUGCUGCCCAUCUACACCGCCGAUCAGAUCCGCCUCUACACCAACAAGAAGAUCGGGGAAAUGCCGCCUCACAUCUUUGCUAUUGCCGACAACUGUUACUUCAACAUGCAGAGGAACAACCGAGACCAGUGCUGCAUAAUCAGCGGAGAGUCUGGAGCAGGAAAAACGGAAAGCACCAAACUGAUCCUGCAGUUCCUGGCGGCCAUCAGCGGUCAGCACUCCUGGAUAGAGCAGCAGGUCCUGGAAGCUAAUCCCAUACUGGAAGCUUUUGGGAACGCUAAAACAAUCCGUAACGACAACUCGUCUCGUUUUGGGAAAUACAUCGACAUCCACUUCAACAAGAGGGGAGCAAUAGAGGGAGCCAAGAUAGAGCAAUACCUGCUGGAGAAAUCCAGAGUGUGUCGACAGGCUUAUGAUGAGAGGAACUAUCACAUCUUCUACUGCAUGCUGAAGGGAAUGACUGUAGACGAGAAGAAGAAACUGGGGCUGAGCAAAGCCACCGACUUCACCUACCUGACCAUAGGAAAGUGUACGGUUUGUGAUGGCCGAGACGAUUUGAAAGAAUACUCCAAUAUUCAGUCGGCAAUGAAGGUGUUGAUGUUCACAGAAAAGGAGAACUGGGAGAUUUCAAAGCUUUUAGCUGCAAUAUUACACAUGGGAAACCUACGAUAUGAAGCUCGUACUUAUGACAACUUGGACGCCUGCGAGGUCGUCCGCUGCCCUCACCUCACCACUGCUGCCACUCUGCUGGAGGUGGACUGCAAAGACCUGAUGAACUGCCUGACCAGCAGGACGCUGAUCACCAGGGGAGAGACGGUGUCCACCCCUCUCAGCAUGGAGCAAGCGCUCGAUGUCCGCGACGCUUUCGUCAAGGGCAUUUAUGGACGUUUGUUUGUUUGGAUUGUGGAGAAGAUAAAUGCAGCCAUUUACAAACCAACGUCCUCACAACCCAAAGCUCUCAGACGUUCAAUUGGACUGCUGGAUAUCUUUGGCUUUGAGAACUUUACUAUUAACAGCUUUGAGCAGCUGUGCAUCAACUUUGCCAACGAGAACCUGCAGCAGUUCUUCGUCCGUCACGUCUUCAAGCUGGAGCAGGAGGAGUACAACCUGGAAAACAUCAACUGGCAGCACAUCGAGUUCACCGACAACCAGGACGCUCUGGACAUGAUCGCCAUCAAACCGAUGAACAUCAUCUCGCUCAUUGAUGAGGAGAGCAAGUUUCCUAAGGGGACAGACACCACGAUGCUGAACAAGCUCAACUUUCAGCACAAACUCAACACAAACUACAUCCCACCGAAGAACAACUACGAGACUCAGUUUGGCAUUCAGCACUUUGCCGGAGUGGUUUACUAUGAAACAAGAGGUUUCCUGGAGAAAAACAGAGACACUCUGUAUGGAGACAUCAUCCAGCUGGUUCACUCCUCCAAAAACAAGUUCAUCAAGCAAAUCUUCCAGGCAGAUGUUGCUAUGUUUCUGUGUGGUUAUCCUCCUGGUGCCACAGCGCUCACUAAGGGGGCAGAAACCAGGAAGCGCUCUCCCACUCUCAGCAGUCAGUUUAAAAGAUCUCUGGAGCUGCUGAUGAGGACUCUGAGCGUCUGCCAGCCUUUCUUCGUUCGUUGCAUCAAACCCAAUGAGUUUAAGAAGCCCAUGCUGUUUGACCGGGAGCUGUGUGUGCGUCAGCUGAGGUACUCUGGUAUGAUGGAGACGAUUCGUAUUCGGCGCGCUGGAUAUCCCAUCCGCUACACCUUUGUGGAGUUUGUAGACCGCUACCGGGUGCUGAUGCCUGGAGUUAAACCAGCGUAUAAACAGGAGGACCUGAGAGGAACCUGCCAGCGGAUCGCUGAGGCCGUUCUCGGCAAAGAUGACGACUGGCAGAUGGGAAAAACCAAGAUCUUCCUCAAGGAUCAUCAUGACAUGCUGCUGGAGAUCGAGAGAGAUAAAGCCAUUACAGACAAGGUCAUCCUCAUCCAGAAGGUGGUGCGAGGCUUUAAGGACAGAUCUAACUUCCUGAGGAUGAGGAAGUCGGCAAUGUUGAUCCAGAAGACAUGGAGAGGCUACCUGUGCAGGAAGAGCUAUGGAGCUAUGCGAGCCGGCUUUUCUCGCCUCCAGGCUCUGGUUCGUUCCAGGAAGUUGUGUGCGUCGUACCACGUGGCCCGCCAGCGAAUCACGGGCUUCCAGGGCCGCUGCCGAGGUUUCCUGGUGCGUCGGGCGUUCAGGCACCGGCUGUGGGCUGUCAUCACCAUCCAGGCCUACACCAGAGGCAUGAUCGCUCGCCGGCUGUACAAGAGGCUAAAGGGCGAGUACCGCAGGAGGCUGGAGGCUGAGAAGAUGCGUCUGGCUGAAGAAACAAAACUGAGGAACCAAAUGUCUGCAAAAAGAGCGAAAGCUGAGGCUGAACGCAAACAUCAGGAGCGGCUGGCCCAGCUGGCUAAAGAGGACGCCGAGCGGGAGAAGAAGGAGAAGGAGGAAGCUCGUAAGAAGAAGGAGCUGGUGGAGCAGAUGGAGAAGGCUCGGCUGGAGCCCGUCAACGACUCCGACAUGGUGGACAAGAUGUUCGGCUUCCUGGGGACGACGAACUCGUUACCAGGCCAGGAAGGCCAGGCGCCGGCUGGAUUCGAGGACCUGGAGCACUCCCAUCAUGAGCUGGUGGAGGAGGAUCUGGACGAGGCUCUUCCUCUCCCUGAAGAUGACGAAGAGGAGGAUUUAUCGGAGUACAAGUUUGCCAAAUACGCAGCGACCUACUUCCAAGGCACCACCACACACACUUACGUUCGACGGCCUCUCAAGCAGCCGCUGCUGUUCCACGAGGACGAGGGAGAUCAGCUGGCUGCGCUGGCCGUCUGGAUCACAGUGCUGAGGUUCAUGGGAGAUCUACCGGAGCCAAAGUACCACACAGCGAUCAGCGACGGGAGCGAGAAGAUCCCCGUCAUGACCAAGAUCUACGAGACGCUGGGGAAGAAAACCCACAAGAGGGAGCUGCAGGCGCUGCAGGGGGAGGGGGAGACAACUCCUUCUGAAAGCCUGAAGAAAAACAGCGUCCGACACAAACUGGUUUCCCUGACCUUGAAGAAGAAAUCCAAGAUCACAGAGGAGGUCACCAAGCGCCUCAAUGAUGGCGAGUACGGUCUCCACGGCAACAGCAUGUUGGAAGAUCGGCCGACUUCCAACCUGGAGAAACUUCACUUCAUCAUCGGAAACGGGAUUCUGAGGCCGACGCUGAGGGAUGAGAUCUACUGUCAGAUCUGUAAGCAGCUGAGUCAGAACCCGUCCAAGAGUUCUCACGCACGCGGCUGGAUCCUCGUCUCGCUCUGCGUCGGCUGCUUCGCUCCAUCAGACAAAUUUGUAAAGUACCUGAGGAACUUCAUCAGAAGCGGGCCGCCGGGUUACGCUCCGUACUGUGAAGAAAGGCUGAGGCGAACGUUUGUGAACGGGACGCGAACUCAGCCUCCAUCUUGGCUGGAGCUGCAGGCCACCAAGUCCAAGAAGCCCAUCAUGCUGCCCGUGACGUUCAUGGACGGCACGACGAAAACGCUGCUGACCGACUCGGCGACGACGGCCAAGGAGCUCUGCAACGCUCUGUCCGACAAGAUCAACCUGAAGGACCGAUUCGGCUUCUCUCUGUACAUCGCUCUGUUCGACAAGGUCUCGUCUUUAGGCAGCGGCAACGAUCACGUGAUGGACGCCGUGUCGCAGUGCGAGCAGUACGCCAAGGAGCAGGGCGCUCAGGAGAGGAACGCCCCCUGGAGGCUGUUCUUCAGGAAGGAGAUCUUCACGCCGUGGCACAGCCCAGCCGAAGACCAAGUCGCUACAAACCUCAUCUACCAGCAGAUCGUCCGAGGCGUCAAGUUUGGGGAAUACCGCUGCGACAGGGACGACCUGGCGGAGCUGGCCUCGCAGCAGUAUUAUGUUGAUUACGGUUCUGAGAUUCUUUUGGACCGCCUGCUGAGCCUCAUCCCGUCCUACGUCCCGGACAGAGAGAUCGGCACGUCCAAGACGGUGGAAAAGUGGGCUCAUUUCAUCAUGGCUGCACACAAAAAGGGUAUUUACACCCAGAAGAGGUUCGACUCUCAGAAGGUGAAGGAGGAAGUGGUGGACUUUGCUCGCCAUAAGUGGCCGUUGCUGUUCUCCCGUUUUUAUGAAGCAUUCAGGUUCUCAGGUCCCAGUCUGCCUAAAAACGACCUGAUCGUUGCCGUCAACUGGACCGGCGUUUACUUUGUUGACGAGCAGGAGCAGGUCCUGCUGGAACUCUCUUUCCCAGAAAUCUCGGCGGUUUCCAGCAGCAGGGGAGGAAAGCUGCAGGGUCAGAGUUUCACUUUGGCCACCAUCAAGGGAGAAGAGUUCACCUUCACCUCCAACAACGCAGAAGACAUUCGGGACUUAGUGGUGACCUUUCUGGAGGGUUUGAGGCAGAGGUCAAAGUUCGUGGUUGCGCUGCAGGACAGCUCCAAUGCUGCAGGUGAGGAGUCGACCUUCCUCAGCUUUCGGAAGGGAGACCUGAUCAUUUUGGACCAGGACACCGGCGAGCAGGUCCUCAACUCCGGUUGGGCGCACGGCAUUAACGAACGAACCAAUCAGAGAGGAGAUUUCCCAGCUGACUCUGUUUACGUUCUGCCAUCCAUGACUCGUCCCCAACCAGAAGUAGUGGCGCUGGUUACCAUGACACCAGACCAGCGGCAGGAGUCGGUUCGUGUUUCUCAGAUUAUCCUGCCAGAGACGGAUGACAGACAGAAACCCUACACUCUGGAGGAGUUUUCCUAUGACUAUUUCAGACCUCCUCCCAAACACACUCUGAGCAGAGUGAUGGUGACCAAAAACCGAGGAAAAGACAAGAUGUGGAGCUGCACCAGAGAGCCGCUCAAGCUGCCGCUGCUGAAGAAGGUUGUCGGCCAUGAGGAGCUGGCGCAGGAGGCCUGCAUGAUCUUCAUAGCGAUGAUGAAGUACAUGGGCGACUACCCGUCCAAACGGACGCGCUCAGUCAACGAGCUGACAGACCAGAUCUUUGAAGGAGCUUUGAAGGCCGAGCCACUGAAAGACGAGAUCUAUUGUCAGAUCAUCAAACAGCUCACGGAUAAUCACGUCAAGUACAGCGAGGAGAAAGGCUGGGAGCUGCUCUGGUUGUGCACUGGUCUGUUUCCUCCCAGUAACGUUCUGCUGCCGCACAUCCAGCGGUUCCUCCAGUCCAAGAAGCACCACCCGCUCUCUGGAGACUGCAUGCAGAGGCUGCACAAAGCGCUGCGGAACGGGUCCAGAAAAUAUCCCCCUCAUCUGGUGGAAGUGGAAGCCAUUCAACAUAAAACGACCCAAAUCUUUCACAAAGUUUACUUUCCAGACGACACAGACGAGGCGUUCGAGGUGGAGUCCAGCACCAAGGCGAAGGAUUUCUGCCAGAACAUCUCCACCAGGCUGCUGCUCAAAUCCUCCGAAGGGUUCAGCCUCUUUGUCAAGAUCUCUGAAAAGGUCAUUAGCGUUCCAGAGGGAGAUUUCUUCUUCGACUUUGUUCGCCAUUUAACAGACUGGAUCAAGAAAUCCCGACCGGCUAAAGACGGAAUCAUCCCGUCUCUGACCUACCAGGUGUUCUUCAUGAAGAAGCUGUGGACCAGCACAGUCCCCGGGAAGGAUUCGUUCGCUGAUUCCAUUUUCCAUUAUUACCAGGAGCUUCCUAAGUAUUUGCGUGGAUACCAUAAGUGUUCUCGGGAGGAGGUUUUCCACCUCGCAGCGCUGAUCUUUCGGGUGAAGUUUGAUGACAAUAAAUCACACUUUCCUUCGAUUCCCAAGAUGCUCCGUGAGCUGGUUCCCCAGGACCUCAUCCGCCAGAUGUCUCCGGACGACUGGAGGAGGUCUAUAAUCGCGUACUUCAACAAGCAGCCUGGGAAAUCGAGGGAAGAGGCUAAGCUGAUGUUCCUGAAGAUCAUCUAUAAAUGGCCGACCUUUGGCUCCGCCUUCUUUGAGGUCAAGCAAACCACGGAGCCGAACUUCCCAGAGAUUCUGCUGAUCGCCAUCAACAAGCAUGGAGUCAGUCUGAUCGACCCAAAGGCCAAGGACAUCUUGACCACCCAUCCCUUCACCAAGAUCUCCAACUGGAGCAGCGGGAACACCUACUUCCACAUCACCAUAGGGAACCUGGUCAGAGGAAGCAAGCUGCUCUGUGAGACUUCACUGGGUUACAAGAUGGACGACCUGUUGACCUCCUACAUCAGUCAGAUGCUGACCAACAUGAACAAGCAGCGCUCUGGGCGGGGCCACAGUAAGUGAACGUCUUAUUGGCAGGAGGCCACCGAGCUCAUCCGCCUGCUGCGCCCCAUUGGUCAGCACUGCAGCUGGGGGCGGAGCUUCGGCCACCAGCUGUGGUGGAUGAGCCGCAGUCCUUCUGCGUAUUCGGAGGGAACCGACCUGACCGAGGACAGCUCGACGGCGAGCGGCGGCGACCCCGGAGACGACCCCGGCGAAGGCCCCAGUCACUGGUACCAGUACAGCUGUGAUGAUGAAGACGAGCCGUCCAGCGAGGAUGACUACCUCUGAGAGCAGAACGCCUUCAACGCGCCGCUGCCGCUUCCUUUAGAUGAUCAAUCACCUGCUGUCAGAAAUCACCUCAAAUACUGAUAACAAUAAAACACACAGGUGAGAUUUUACCUGCGACGGAGUGUUUAGGCCGUACCAAGAAAAAUAAAGUCAUCAUGAGAAUCGAGUUGUCAUUUUACGAGAAUAGUCAUAUGAAGACAAAGUUUUAAUAUUACACGAAUAAAGUCAUGAUAUCAGGGGAAUAAAUGUAAUUUUAUGACGUAGUUUACUUUCUUUGCCUGGCCGUGAUUCUCCGUCGUAUUAAUCUCUCCUCUAAAGGUUUUAAUUUAAUGUUUUAACUCUACCGCCACCAGGGGGCGACAUAUUAAACCACAAUCAUCUGUUUUAUUGUACGAGUAGAAUUAAAAGUAAAAAA